AUGGACCCACUAUCAACAAGCCAGCCCUCCGAAGAAACCCAGCCUGCAGCCGGAUCCCCGCUAACCUCCUACCGCUGGCACACAGGAGGUGGUGGGGAGAAGGGAUCUGGAGGGUUCCACUGGGGCCGCCUUGCCAGCUGGGGGAGGGCACUGAGCCACCAGGAGCCCAUGGUCAGCAGCCAACCAGCCCGUCGCUCCCUGUUCCGUCGCGUCCUCUCUGCGCCUCCCAAGGAGUCACGCACGAACCACCACAGAACGUCCAAGACCCUCUGGCGGAGGCAUAAGAGCCCACCGCUGGAACCAGAUCCAGAGCUAGCGGCCUCAGAACUUGAGCCAGAGCCGGAGCCCCCUACCCUACAGAUCCCUGAGGCCCCCACACCCGAUGUGCCAGUCUGGAACAUUGAAGCCUUCACUCUGCUCGAUGGGAGGCUGGUGCUGCUUGGGGGUGAGGAAGAGGGUCCUCGCCAGUCCCGCGUAGGGAGCGCUAGCUCUGAGAGCAGCAUCCAGGUGGCCAUGGGGAACCUUAGGGAUCCAGACCGAAUCCCUGGAAAGACUGAACCAGAAGCUGCUGGCCCCAACCAGGUCCACAACGUUCGGGGGUUGCUCAAGCGGCUGAAAGAAAAGAAAAGGGCCAGGUCAGAGCUGGGAGCCAAUGCAUCUCGGGAUGGACCCCCCAGUGCUCUGGGCUCUCGGGAAUCGCUGACCACACUCUCUGAGCUGGACCUGGGCGCCCAGCGGGAUGUGCGGGUCUGGCCAUUGCACCCCAGCCUCCUGGAGGAGCCCCACUGCUUCCAGGUAACGUGGGUAGGCGGAAGCCGCUGCUUCUCCUGUCGCUCGGCUGCUGAGAGAGAUCGCUGGAUCGAGGACCUUCGGCGCCACUUCCAGCCCAGUCAGGACAACAGGGAACGCGAAGAGACGUGGCUGAGCGUGUGGGUGCACGAAGUGAAGGGACUGCCCCGGGCAGCGGCGGGGGCGCCGGGAGUGCGCGUUGAGCUGUGGCUGGACGGCGCGCUACUGACACUGGCGCUGGAGGAGCUGGGCGCCCCCCGCGCGCCGGCCGCGGGCGUAGAGCGCUGGUUCCCCCUGCUCGGGGCACCAGCCGGCGCUGCCCUGAGGGCUCGCAUCCGGGCAAGGCGCCUGCGCGUGCUGCCGUCGGAGCGCUACAAGGAGCUGGCGGAGUUCCUCACUUUCCACUACGCGCGCCUCUGCGGGGCACUCGAGCCCGAGCUGUCCGCGCAGGCCAAGGAGGAGUUGGCGGCUGCCAUGGUGCGCGUGCUGCGGGCCACCGGACGGGCACAGGCACUGGUGACAGACCUGGGAACCGCUGAGUUGGCACGCAGUGGAGGUCGUGAGGCGCUGCUGUUCAGGGAAAAUACAUUGGCUACCAAGGCCAUCGAUGAGUACAUGAAGCUGGUGGCACGGGACUACCUCCAAGAGACACUGGGGCAGGUUGUGCGGCGUCUCUGUGCCUCCACCGAGGACUGCGAGGUGGACCCCAGCAAGUGCCCAUCCUCAGAGCUUCCCCAGCGCCAAGCCAGACUGCAAAAUAGCUGUGAGGAGGUCUUCAAGAACAUCAUCCACUCCUAUGACUGGUUCCCAGCAGAGCUGGGCACUGUGUUCUCAGGCUGGCGAGAAGCAUGCAAAGAACGAGGCUCUGAAGCACUGGGCCCCCGACUAGUGUGUGCCUCUCUCUUCCUGCGGCUCCUGUGUCCUGCCAUCCUGGCACCCAGCCUCUUUGGCCUGGCACCAGAGCACCCAGCACCUGCCCCAGCCCGCACCCUCACAUUGAUUGCCAAGGUCAUCCAGAACCUCGCCAACCGAGCCCCGUUUGGUGAAAAGGAGGCCUACAUGGACUUUAUGAAUAGCUUCCUGGAGAGUCAUGGACCUGCCAUGCAACGCUUCCUAGACCAAGUGGCAAUGGUGGAUGUGGACACAGCACCCAGUGGUUACCAGGGCAGCAGUGACCUGGCCCUCCAGCUGGCGGUCCUGCAUGCCCAACUCUGUACCAUCUUUGCUGAACUCGACCAGGCAACCCGUGACAGCCUGGAACCGCUUCCCACCAUCCUUCAAGCCAUUGAGGAAGGCCGGCCUGUACCUGUGUCUGUGCCAAUGCGUCUUCCACCACCCCCAUCCCAGGUCUACUCCAGCUUUUCCGCAGGGAAGAAGCCCGGCUUCCUGCCCCCUCGGGACCUCCCCAAGCACACCCCUCUCAUCUCCAAGAGCCAGUCCCUGCAUAGCGUUCAUGGCUCAGGAAGUUGGGCCCGGCAACGGCCAGAUGAGGAGCGGCCCCCACGGCUGCCGCGGCAGGUGCAGCGCACGCAGAGCGUGCCGGCUGGCCGCCCUGCUCGCCGCCGCCCGUCUGCAGGACCUCGGCCGCGACCCAAAGGCUCCCUACGCACCGGCCCCACGCCCCGCGGCAGGCCCUGGAUCGGGGCUUCAGCCUCGCUGCCCCGGAAGCCCUCAGUACCCUGGCAGCGCCAGCUGGACCAGCCGCAAGACAGAGACCAGGCGCUAAGCACGCUCCGACCCGUGGGCAAGCUGGCAGAGCUGCGGUGCGAGGUGGCCGCCCUGCGAGAGGAACAGAAGGUGCUGUCCUGCCUCGUGGAGUCGCUGGGCACCCACAUCCGGGUCUUGACUGAGCAGCAGCAGCAGCUUCGCGGCCAGGUGGAAGACCUGGACUCCAAGCUUGGGGGAAGGACCUCGCGCUCGGAUCCACAGCACGACACGCCUAGCAGUGAGGCCCACGGGCUGAAAAAUCUGGAGCACCGCCUGGCUGAAAUGGAGAGUUCUCAAGCCCAGCUGAGGGAUGCCAUCCAGAGCCUGCAGCAUCUUCCAAGGUCUCUGGGGUCCAAGAGCCAGCCCUUGACUCUCAAAGCACCCUGCGUUAACGGAGACACCACCUGA